GCCGCUGCCGGCAAGAGGAAGGCAGCGACCAAGGGGUCCCCCCCGGCUACCAAAAAGCCGAAGAAGGGGGAUGUCGCCGAGAAGGAGCCCCCGGUCAUUAUCGCUGAUGAGCACCCCGCCUCCGGGGUGCAUGUGGAGAAGCCGUCGGGUGAAACGCCGGCGGGGGCAGAGGAGUUGCUGCCUGAGGUCCUCCAAGUCUCAUUCCCGAGGGGGACAUCCCUGGCCAGCGGCGCUGUCGACCCGGGGGCCAUCUUGAGGGGCAUAACCCCUGAGACUGAUAGGGCUGCCCUCGGGGCUUAUAACGAUGCGGCCCUCGAGGACCACAUCCUCCGCUCCUCCCUUUCUGCUUGUCUAGCCCUCGGUGAACAUGCCCGGAGGCUUCAAGAAUGGCGCCUCCAUAAAGCCGAGCAGGAUGCCAAGAUGAAAGAAUGCAUCCUCAAAAAUAAAGAGGCGGUGAAGCUGGG